GGCAAAUGGAAGUUGUGCCCGUGGUGUGCGGCCAGUGGGUCACCGGCCUUAGUAUUUGUUGCGGCGUUAUGAGCCUUGUGAUACCGUGCACAACAACAAUUUCCCCUAAAAUCUCCUCCGUUUCCCCCUUGUGCAAAGUUCCGUGGUCUGCACCGAGUUCCCAGUUCACCCCCUGUCACCCCCAGGUGUCUCGAGGGGUCGAUGCAUGUUCGCUUGGAGGCAUGCGGUAGGAAACAAUAAAGGGGGACCGUUGUGUGAGCGAGCAACGAUCCGUUUAUAAAAGCAGUGCUCUUCUCCUGUCAAGCUUCCCACGCAUCUGUUUCAGAAUCUUCCGAUCUUUCCACUUUCCACUUCACGGAUUCCAAGGCAGCCCCGAUUCUUCGUAAACAGCUCAAAGAUGCACUCCUUCAUCACCGCUUCGAUCGUCGCAACCGCCUUCGCCGCUUCGGCAUUGGCCCAGUCCUCCCCCGGUUUGGAUGGUAUCUUCCACCACACAGUUAUUCCAACCAUCAACUGCGGGCCCGACAUUCUGGUCGACGACUUCCAUGUUUACAACCGGUCUAUGCUCCCAAUCCAAGGCGAGAAAGACCCCAGACAGGUCAACCUUCUUGGUGGUGACUAUGGAACCGACGGCACCUUGAAGUUCAACGUCAGCGUUGCUAACAAGGACGUGGAGGUCACCCCAGUUUCCGGCGCAAGUUACUUCUUCUUCAAAUUUGAUGCUGGUGCAUGUUUCGACCUUUCCGGUUUCAACUCUCUCUCCUUUGACAUCAUUGCUCCCGUGGGAGGAUCUUUCGACAUUGGAUUGACCCAGAAGUCGGCCGACUGCCACGAGCGUCUUGGUGGGGAGACCUCACAGUACGACAGCAAGUACCUCCCUCUGACACAAUUCGUGACGCCCGAUGGCACCACCAAGCAGACGGUGGUUGUGCCAUUCUACUCCCUUGCUGGACCAACUCAAGCCGGCCCGGCCUUUGACUUUGUCCACUUGAAGGACGUGACCUUCAUCAACUGGAAGUCCUUCAACUCUGUCUACAAGAUCUCCAACAUCCGUCUCCGUCGUGCCUGCGGUGAGAACGGCCCCUCGGGCGCCAACCACACCAUCUCGGGUGCUGCGCCUACCGGACCCACCACCAGCAGUACCGCUCCCGCCCCAGGUGCGACCGCGACCGCCGGCAAUGGUGGUUCCCCCCCCGCAUCCUCAGGCAGCGCAGGCGCCGCCGGUGGCUCUGGCUCCAACAGCACCAGCUCUGCUAGCAGCCUCCAGGUCUUUGGCGCGGGACUCGUGACUAUGAUGAUCGGUUCUCUCGUCGCUUUGUAAAUCCCCUUCCGUUGAGCCGGGCAUUUCUACCUUACAUAGUUCUGUUCCCUUAGACUCUCGUCACGGCGUACCCCUGGUGUCUUCCCGCCUCUGAUUAGACGUAUCCCCCUUACUUGUAUCUAUUUCCCUUUCUUCUCUUGUUGUCCAUCGCGUUCUAUGCCGUGAGAACCUUACUUUAUUUGGCUCAGACUCUGUCAUAGACAAUGUACCUGCCCAUAAUCGGUUUGCGAUCGACGUUCUGAAUAAUAUGUCGCUAAAGAAUGUACUGUAAUGAAAUGUCU